AUGUCUGAACGCACUCCCCUCCUCUCUGGCUCCGUCAACGGUCCCAGCACAGCCAGCCUCCCCAGCAGACGCGAUGUCGAAAACGCGCUCCCCAGCAAGGAGACCCGUAUCCACGUCGCCGAGGCCGCUGGUGCGCUUCAGGCUGGCAAGCUCCCAUCGCAGGAGCAGAUCUCCAAGAUGAUCUCGAUCGUCUCCGAGUCGGACGUUCUCAAGGCCAGCGGUGGACCCCUUUCCAGGACCGCUCGUAUGGGCCCCGAGGGUCAGCGUGUCUUGGACAAUGUCCGGAAUGUCCUCCGCGCUUUCAACGCUUGGGGAGAAGAGAAGAACGGGGAUGACUUGAUCCAGAACUUCUUCUACAACGCCGCGACCGCCGAUCUCGACAUUGACGUCAACGCCGCUUCCACCCCCUCCUCCAAGGAACUCUCCCGCGACGGCCAGCGCGCCAUCUCCUCCCUCCGCACCAUUGCCAACCUCCUCGUCACCAACCCCGAGUUCCGCAACCUCAUCUCUGACUUCAUCCUCCUCGCCCGCGACAUCUUUGCCGAUGCCGCUUCGUCCGCUGCGGACGGCGCCAAGCAGGCCGCCGAGAAGACGCGCCCGACCGAGCAGGAGCGCAAGCAGGGUGUCGACCUUGACGGGCUUGCCAAGAAGGGCAAGAACGCCGCUGGUAAGGCAAAGAAGACCAGCGGUAAGGAGGUCACCGACAGCCUUUGGGGCGAGGUCGAGGACGUCAAGUCGUACCUCGAUGACAAGCUUCCCGACGGCGAUGAGGCCAAGGAGAAGAUCAUCAACCGUCUCCAACAGGCUGUCAAGCAGACCCAGAAGAACCCCGAGUACCGCCGAGCCAUCACCGCCAUUGUUGACCUCGUCAAGAAGUACGCCAACAAGGCUGAGCAGGCUGUCGAUGAGGUCAAGGAGCAGUCCGACAUCUCGGACGAGGACGAGAAGGUCCAGCAGGCCGGCCGUGACCUGAAGGCGUUUGUCGAGAAGCUGUCGGGCAAGAGCCUGGACGACCUGACUUCCGCUGUUCAGACUGCCGCCAACGAUGUCAAGGACAACGAGAAGCUCUCUUCCUACUUCAAGGAGCUCACCAACUACCUCGAUCGGAUCCUCUACGACCCCGGAUACGUCGUGUCCCAGCGCGCCUACAACAAGGCCACUUCGCUCGUCGACGACGGACAAUCCCUCCUCAAGGAGAACGACCAGUGGAAGAAGGACGCCGGGGAGCUCCAGAAGCAGCUCGAGCAGCUCGGCAAGGGCAUCGCCAACGACGAGACCACCAACAACCUCGUCGACGCUCUCGAGGACCUCGGUGCGUCGGUCGAGCACGCCGGUAAGGUCGGCAUCAACGCCCUCCGCGCCGAGAGCCAGGGCCUGUACCGCGACAUCCUGGAUGUCAUGGUCCCCCGCAUCAUCGGUCUGAUCAAGGAGAUCCCGGUCCCCCGUAUCGAGUACAAGUCCGAGGAAAUUGACCUCGUCAUUGACGACAUCAAGCUCGAGUCCGCCUCGUUCAUCCCCGACUCGAUCCGCUUGGUAGCCCACAACGACCUUCGCUUCACCCAGGGCUACGCCACCUACGCUUCCGAGUACGAUGCCACCCUCCGCCUCCGCGUCGAGGGCUUCCACUUUGAGGCCAAGGACAUCGCCUUCUGGGUCAACCGCAAGGUUGGCUUCUGGCCGUUCGAGGACUCUGGUGUGCUCGCCCUCGAGUUCGGGCCUCACGGUAUCUCGUUCGACGUCACUCUCGAGAACGCCGACGAGGACGACCGCGAGACCUUCUUCACCGUCAAGAAGGUCGACGUCAACCUCCAGGACUUUGACUUCUCGGUCACCAAGCACAAGCAGUGGUUUGCCACUUGGUUCGCCAAGCCCGUCAUCAGGGCUUUUGUCAAGCGCAACCUCGCUUCCGCUCUCGAGACCCAGAUCGGCGAGUACCUCCGCCAGGCCGACUUCAAGCUGUACGGUCUCCAGCAGCGUGCUAUCGCCGCCACCAACGCCGCACCCCCAAGUCCCUCCAACUUUGUCCGCGCCAUCUUCUCGGACUCGGUCUUCCCCCAGCGCUCGGCUCUCGCCGACGUCAAGGCCCGGCAGGGCGGUGUUGUCAAGUACGGUCGUCGCGGCGAGUACUUGCUCCACAUCGGUGUGGACGAGGCUCUCUUCCCACACCAGCCCCCAGCGGACAUCAGCAACAAGCAGCGCCAGAAGAUCAAGGCCAAGGCCCAGAUCGCGGCCAAGCAGGCUCGCCGUGCCGUCGGAUCCGCCGACGACUUUGCCGGUGCCGCCAAGGCCAAGGGAGAGCAGGCCAAGUACCAGGCCAAGAAGGAGGGAGAGGAUCUCCGUUUCGCGGCUCAAGAGAAGGCGAGGCGCGAGGGUAAGAAGGAGGGCUGGAGGUCGGAUGCGUUUGACGUGUAA